GCCAUGGGGGUCACGUGGAGCGGAGGGCAGCAGGCGGCCGGUGCCGUGCGGGCAGCCGCGUGCGUGCGCCAGGUGGCAGAGCUGGGCGACGAGGCAUUUUGGAGCCCGUUCUUGGGCGAGAGCGACGCCGCAGCGCAGGACGCGUUCCGCCUUUUGACUGCGGGCGACGUGCGAGCCCUGCGUGACGAGCUCCCAUCAGGCCUCAGCACGCUCAUCCACAAGGCUGUGGAGAAACUGCGAGUGGCUGCAGAGUCUGGCUGCACGGACGAUCAGGAACCAGUGGUGGUGUUGAGCUGCAUCCGCCUGCUGACAAGGCUCCUGCCGUUUGUGUUCGAGGAUGCACAGUGGAAGGAUUUCUUCUGGGCCCAUGCACCUACUCACCACAACGUAAAUGUGGAGGAAGACACGAGCAAAGUCACGCCCCCAUUGGCUGAGGCCCUGCUGCUUGCCAUCGCUGAACUGCUCUUCUGUCCGGGCUUCACCGUGACACCGCACAGGCAGCCCGGCCCCGACACACCGGAGGAUACUUGGCCACUUGACAGCUGUGAGUUCAUCUGGGAAGCAGGCGUGGGAGUCAAUAUCUCUCCACCACAGAGCUAUGUGCACGACACGAACAGAUUGGAAAUUCUAAAUCUGCUUUUGACCUGCUUCUCCGAGGUGAUAUACCAAUCUGAAAAUGACCCGCGGAGCUGCAAUUCCUGGGUGAAAUUGUUCUGCUCAAAGGAGAACAGGCACACCCUGGCCUUGUUCACGUCUCUCUUGAAUGUGGUGUUUGCCUACGACCCUGUGGGCUACGGGGUGCCGUACAAUUACCUGCUGGUGCGCGACCACCGUGAGCCACUCGUUGAGGUGGCCUGCCAGGUGCUGAUUGCCGCAUUGGACGGGGAACAUUCCCUUCCUGGCUCUCCCCUCUUUGGCUUCUCCAUCGGUGACAGUGAGAACCCACAGCUGUCACGGACACAACAGCAUUUGAACUGCAGCAAUCUCUUCGUGACUUACCUCUCCAAGAUUCAUACUGAUGAGGACUUUCAAUUCAUCCUGAGUGGCCUGGUCCGUCUGCUCAACAACCCUCUGCAGCAGACCUACCUGCCGUACUCCACGAAGCGCGUUCACUUCCAUCAGGAGCUGCUCGUAUUAUUCUGGAUCCUUUGUCAACAAAACAAGAAUUUCUUGUCCUUUGUUUUGAAGACAAAUGACAUGCUGGGAAUUGUUGUUCCCAUCCUUUAUUACCUGAAUGAUGCAAGGGAUGAUGAUUCUCAAAUGGGGCUACUCUCCAUCGGCGUGUUUAUUCUGCUCAUGCUGAGCGGAGAAAGGAACUUUGGGAUUCAUCUCAACAAUUCAUUGUCCAUCCGUGUGCCCUUGGGCAUCCGGGUGUUCAACGGCACACACGCCGACCUCCUCAUCAUUGUGUUUCACCAAAUGAUUACAAGAAGCCAACAGAAGUUGCAGAAUCUGUUUGACUGCCUCAUGACCAUUGUUGCUAAUGUGUCCCCCUUUCUGAAAAGCACGUCCAUGGUCUCUGCCACCAAACUUGUGCAGUUGCUGGAGGUUUUCUCUUCACCGCAUUUCCUUUUCUCUUCACCACACAACCCCAAGCUUCUUCUCUUGCUCCUGGAGGUUUUCAACAAUGUCAUACAAUACCAGUUUAAUGGCAAUUGCCACCUUGUGUAUGCAAUGCUGUGCAAGAGGUCCGUCUUCAACCACCUCGCCAACCUACCUGUGGACAAAGACUUCAUUGAGAAAACCACGAGAAAGACUGAAGCUCCUCGUGGGGACAAACAGCCGUCUAUGAGCGUGAUUGAUUCUCCAGAGGCACUGCAACCCAUCUUUCACGGACAACUUGGAACAAGGCUCAGAACAGUUCAAGGUGCAAGAUCAGAGAUCAGUGGCCCAGGUGAUGGGGCCACAGAGGAGAGCAAAUUUAGUGGGACUCCCGACUGCCUCGAGAGCACAUCCUGGAAACCCACGCCCAAGUGGGUGUCUUCGUGGAAAUCCAAAUUGCCUCUGAACACGAUAAUGAAGUUGCUGCAUGUGUUGGUCCCUCAAGUGAAAAUGCUGUGCCUUAAGAGGGGGCUGGAGGAUGAAACACAGAUUCUUCGUUAUCUGAAGCAGGGAAGCAUGGUGGGGCUGCUGCCCGUGCCUCACCGCAUCAUAACCCAUCGGUGUCAGCCCAACAAGGACACUGCUCGUUGGUUCAGCACCUACUUCUGGAGUGUCGUCUGUGACAGGAACAUAGACCCACCCAUCUGGCUUGACUCGAAGAUAAAGAUGUUCAAGGAGAACGUGUGAAGGCGACACCGAGCAGAGCAGCCUCGAUCGACUGGGGCUCCAGCUGAUUGCUCAGAUGUCUCAGCGUGGACUUCCAAUUUGUGCCUGUGGCAGAUGAUUGCAUUGUGUUUCAAAAUAGGUUUAGUUGAUAUUUAUCGCGCUGGGCAUAUGAGCACAGAAUAAAACUUGGAUGUUUUUUUUAUUCAGUCAUGGUCGUUGCACUUGUAGACACCGACUGUAUUUCUCCCAUUUAUUGAUAAGUAUAUGGUAGGUAAUAUACUCUUAGACAAAGUGAGAAAUGCAUGUUGGUUAACCUGGAACAACUGUAUUUUGUUACCAUAAUAAGUAGAGAGGUUGGUGCAUUAAUGUGCAAGGAUUUCACUUGUGUUCUCUUCCAUAUACAGUUGCAAAAUGUUUUUUCCUGGUGCCCAUCUUGAUUGUGCUGCUAAUGUCAACUACCGUAUUCUCAUUAUUUGUGCACAGAAUGUGUUCAGCACCACUUCAUCAUUAUUGGCUAUGGUGAAUCUCUUCCUGGAUAAAGGCCUCAAGCAAAGGCCUCACUAACCUACCACACCACUUGUAGAAAAUGAUUUAACGAAAGUCACUUAACAUUUUGUAUUUUGCAGCCUUCCCCAUUCCACUCAUCAGUUCCGUUAUCAGCAGCACUCAUAACAAAUCAACACCAAAACGAUUACAAACGCAAGCUAGGACUAAUUGGUGCACUUCAGGAAAUCAUUUAAGAAAUCAGCAAACUCUAUAAAUGUAGGUUUUCAUAUUCAAUUUUAUAUACGUAUUGUUAAAGCCAGAAUUUGUAAAUCCUAGCAUUGCACCACCGCUUUAAUGAUGCAGUAUCGAUACAGAGUAUAAAACCAUGCAUCUGCAGUUUUUACCAUGUAGAAAUACACCAGCGAAAUUGCAUUAACGGUUCAAAUUGAUAUUUCAAAAUGUGUUGGCUUUUGCUUUGCACGUGUUUGUCAAGGUUGUAUUUUGCGGUAGAAAGGUAAAUGUAGCAGUAUUUCAUAGUCAUUCAGUGGCAUACUUUUAAUCGGUCAUUUCACUCAGAUGUUUUUGUUGUUAGCCAAAUUAUAGCUAACCCCAUUUUAUUUAAACCGGUUGAUGUGGAAUUCAAAUAUCUUAAGCUGGAAGAUUUGGCUUUCAAAUUUGUUUAUAUGAAAUUAUAUUUUCAUCCAUAAUUCUGAAAUACAGCACAAUUUAGUGUUAGGGUACGAAUAUAUCAAACAUAAACUGUUACAUGGAACAAUAACAUAACAUUGGCCACAUCCUCCUAUAUAUUGUUCCGUUCACAUUUGUACCGUCAUUAAUUCUAUAGCAUGAUUUGAUGGUUCUCUGCUUUGUGAAUAAACUUAUAAUUGGUGA